AUGUUGGGCAAUUCGCAGACACACGGUGAAGGUGAAGAGGGUGCUAGGAUGGGACCCGUAGCCUUCCUUUGGCCACCUGACCGAGUGUGGGAUGCGCAGUACGACAAUACAGCACCGUGUGGAAGUUCAGCAGGGCCAUCGAACCGAACAGUCUACCCACUGUCGCAGGGCGCCGUUGCGUUGACUAUUGCUGACGAGGCAUGGCACGUUGCCUUCCGUCUGGCUGUGUCAGAUAGUCACCAGUGCUACUCAAUCGACCGUCUCGAGGACAUUACGGCCGGCACCAACGCCACAAUCCAGCUCGAGUACUGGGCCGAGUUCGAGGGCGAAAAUAACGGAAACAACCAAUCGUUUUUCGCAUGUGCUGAUAUUGUAAGUUCUCCCGACCAAAUCACUUUUGUCGAAACAGUCAAUUUAUCCAUUCAAGUCCCCUGUUUCAACGUGACAUCCGACGACUUCAACGCACCCACUCCCAGCUCCUCCAGCAGCACACCAACCAGCACCAACCAAUCAACAUCGUCGACGCCAGAACAGUCCUCCGGCGGCAGCGGCGGUCUCUCUACCAGUGCAAAGGCAGGUAUCGCCGUCGGCGCCAUCAUCGGUGGUCUAGCAAUUCUGGGUGCUGGUGCGUUCUUCCUGUGGCGCAGGGGCAAGAACGUGGGGCUCAAAAAUAAGGACGCGUAUGAGCUGCGGGCGAAGAACUUGGGAAAUCCGACGCCGCAGGGGUCGACGUCUGCGUGA